GGGUGGUCCAGUUCAAAGUUCGCAUGGAGAUGGCCAUGGUCACCAUGACCCACACCCCUCUUCCUCUUCCUCAGCUCAAUCAUCUGUUGACAGCGUCCACAACAUUAACACUCUCCCAACUCAAGCAAAUCCACGCUCAAAUCCUCCGCUCAAACCCUUCAAACUCUCUCCUCUCCAAACUCGUCAUCUCCUCUUGCUCCCUCUCCUCCUCCUCUUCUGGACUCCACUACGCCCUCUCCGUUUUCUCCCAAAUCCCAAACCCAGACACCCAUUUCUGCAACCAACUCCUCCGUCUUCUUUCUCGCAGCCCCACACCGCAAAACACCCUCUUCCUCUAUCAGAAGCUCAGGAGAGUUGGCUCCCCUCUCGACCCCUUCAGCUUCCCCCCACUAUUGAAGGCCGUGUCAAAAGCUUCUGCAUUGUAUCUCGGCUUGGAGAUUCAUGGCCUUGCUUCCAAGCUUGGAUUCCAUUCAGACCCAUUUAUUCAGACGGGGUUGAUUGCCAUGUACUCUGCUUGUCGCCGCAUUAUGGAUGCACGGUUGGUGUUUGACAAAAUGUCUCAUCGGGAUGCCGUUACCUGGAACAUUAUGAUUGAUGGGUACUGCCAGAGUGGUAACUAUGAUCAAGUUUUGAAGCUGUAUGAAGAAAUGAAGACCUCUGAUACGAAGCCAGAUGGUGUUAUCCUUUGUACCGUGCUUUCUGCAUGUGGUCAUUCCGGAAACUUAAGCUAUGGCAAAGCAAUUCAUGAGUUCAUUAUGGAUAAUGGUCUUGCUCUUAGUGCUCAUUUACAGUCUGCUCUUGUGAACAUGUAUGUGAAUUGUGGUGCAAUGGAUUUGGCUCGGGAGCUCUAUGAUAAACUCUCGUCAAAGCAUUUGGUUGUUUCAACUGCAAUGCUUUCAGGUUAUGCUAAACAUGGAAUGGUUAAAGAUGCUCGCUUCAUAUUUGACCAGAUUGUUGAAAAGGACUUGGUGUGUUGGAGUGCAAUGAUAUCUGGUUAUGCUGAAAGUGACCAGCCUCAGGAGGCUCUUAAAUUGUUCAAUGAAAUGCAACUGCGGAACAUAGUGCCAGAUCAGAUCACCAUGUUGAGUGCAAUUUCUGCUUGUGCUAAUGUGGGCGCACUUGCUCAGGCGAGAUGGAUUCAUACUUAUGCAGAUAAAAAUGGGUUUGGAAGGUCUCUAUCUGUCAACAAUGCCCUGAUUGAUAUGUACGCCAAAUGUGGGAACUUGAUCAGAGCAAAAGAGGUAUUUGAGAAUAUGCCAAGAAAAAAUGUGAUAUCUUGGUCCAGUAUGAUCAAUGCUUUUGCCAUGCAUGGGUAUGCCAAUAGUGCCAUGAACCUUUUCCAUAGGAUGAAAGAAGAAGAUAUUGAGCCUAAUGGGGUUACAUUUAUUGGUGUCCUUUAUGCGUGCAGCCAUGCUGGUUUAGUUGAGGAGGGGCAGAAAUUAUUUUCAUCCAUGAUUAAUGAGCAUGGCAUCGCUCCUAGACAUGAGCACUAUGGUUGCAUGGUUGACCUGUAUUGUAGAGCCAAUCUCUUGAGAAAAGCUAUGGAGCUCAUUGAGUCAAUGCCUUUUGCGCCAAAUGUUAUCAUCUGGGGAUCCCUUAUGUCAGCUUGUCAAGUCCAUGGCGAGGUUGAGUUAGGGGAAUUUGCUGCCAAACAAAUUCUUGAGUUAGAGCCUGAUCAUGAUGGAGCCCUUGUGGUAUUGUCAAACAUUUAUGCCAAAGAAAGAAGGUGGAAUGAUGUUGGACUCAUCAGGCAAUCAAUGGCAAAUAAAGGUAUCUCAAAGGAGAAGGCAUCUAGUAGGGUUGAAAUCAACAAUGAGGUGCAUGUCUUUAUGAUGGCCGAUAGAUAUCAUAAACAAUCGCGUGAAAUCUAUAAGAAGUUAGAGGAGGUAGUCAGUGAAUUGAAGUUGGUCAGCUACACACCAAGUACCUCUGGCAUUUUGAUUGAUUUAGAAGAGGAAGAUAAAAAAGAACUAGUUCUCUGGCAUAGCGAAAAGUUAGCACUCUGCUAUGGGCUAAUCAGUAAGCGGAGGAAAGAAUCAUGCAUUCGCAUUGUUAAAAAUCUUAGAAUAUGUGAGGAUUGUCAUUCCUUUAUGAAGUUGGUCUCAAAGGUGUAUCAGAUAGAGAUUGUUGUGAGAGAUAGGACUAGGUUUCACCAUUUCAAUAGUGGUACUUGUUCUUGUAGAGAUUAUUGGUGAUUUAUUUCUACUAGUAAAUUGAAGUGCCUGUUACAUCCUUAUUUUUUGGCUUGCCCUCCAAUAGAGAUGUGCAUAUCAGAAAAGUUUUUAGUA